AUGAAAUCUUCUGUGGCUGACACCCUCAUAUUCACUGAUCCCCUUCUAGGUAUCUUUUGCAUGUUCAGAGAGUUGGACAACCUGUCUGUUUCGACUUCGCUCUCCGUAGUCCCAUUCGACGAUUUCUCGCAUAGGGUUGCGGAACAUACUUCAAGACGCGCGUCCCAACUGGUGCUCCUACCGUGGUUACUGCCCACGUCUAACUACCAGACCACGAUGGAUGCUGAGGCGACUCCUACCACACCGAAAUCGCCAAGAUUUGAGAAAAACCCUUUCGAAGCUUUCUUCGGAAGCCUCUCCAGGGCGGACAAGUCAGCCUCUGAUGAACUCGCAGUUCCUCCGUACUCACAGCACGUCUUGCCCCCCUUCUUUGGUGGACCGGAUGAUAGGCUUUCAUUGGAAUUUGUUGUCCAGUUGUGCCUUAACCCAAGAAUAACGGCGACCGUGGCGAGCGGCCCGAGGGUGUCGAUGGAACAAAUCCCUGCUCUUCAGGCCCUAGUCCAUCGGGGUGACACGCUCAGCCUAAGAUCUACUGCGUUCCCGGACACAGUUUAUGGCCAGCUAAACACUCAGACUCGCAUGCAGUCCGAGACGGCAGAUAGCAUGACGUGGAGCAAGUACGCUUCGCUCAACCCUGAUCCCGAUACUCCUUCGCUUCUGCGCGCUGCCUUGUCCCGUACCCGGUUUUCAGAGUUUUCCAUGCCUACUCCCCUCCGUACCGCGAUCCAGCGGGCGGCAACUAUCGGACAAACGCAUACGCGACUUAUGAUCGUCGCUGGACGCUCGAAACGACUUGCAACGGAAAGUCACCAUCAUGAACUCAAGGAGAUCUUCGUAGAAUAUGGAACAAGCGGGGAGAUGAUGAGGAAGACUAUCGGAGACGUCGCUUCAGCAAUGGUUGUAUCAAACUCUGCAAGUGCUCUUGUGGUGCUACAAACGGCAAUCCCUGUAGAGUUCAAAGAACGCGCUGUGUGA